UUGGGGGAUUUGGGUUUUUCGGGAGCGGCCGGAGAUUCCCGGAGCGGCUCCCGGGGCUUGGAAUUGGCGGAGAGAGACGGGAGCGGAGGGAACCGGGAACGGGAACCGGGAACGGAGGGACCGGGAACGGGAACCGGAUCGGGAUGAGGCUCCCGGAGAUUCCCAAGGGUGGCCGGGAUUCCCCCCUGGACAAGGAUUUCAGCUCGGCCAUCGUGGGAUCGGCCGCCCGCAGCCCCCCCAGUCCCCGCUCGUCCCCCCGUUCCCCCGGCGGCAAUUCCAUCAAGGUGGAGAUGUCCAGCGAUGAGGACUCUCCCGGCCGCCUCCUUUCCCAGGACAAGGACGGGGUCCUGGGCGAGGAUUCGCCCCCCGAGCCCGAGCCCGAGCCGGAGCCGUUCCCGGAGCCCAACUCGCCGGGYGGGAUCCGCCUGCCCAACGGAAAACUCAAAUGUGACGUGUGUGGGAUGGUGUGCAUCGGCCCCAACGUGCUCAUGGUGCACAAGCGCAGCCACACCGGUGAGACUGGNUUUCCAGUAGCGUCCCCGACCGUGGGCAAACCCUACAAGUGCAGCUCGUGCGGCCGCAGCUACAAACAGCAGAGCAGCCUGGAGGAGCACCGGGAGCGCUGCCACAGCUUCCUCAGGAGCCUCCCCCCGGAGCCCCCCACGCAGCCAGGCGAGAAGCAGAUGCGUUUCGCGCUGUCGGAGCUGCCGUUCGACGUGAGCCCGGCYUUCGAGAAGGACGUGGAGGUGGUGCCGGCCCGCGGGCACGGCCUGGAGCCGCCCUACGCGGGGCCACUGUCGCUGCUGGGCCACGGGGACCCGCUGCGCCCGCUGCGUUUGGCCACCAACUGCAUCACCGAGGUGACUCCGGUCAUCAGCUCCGUGUACACCCAGAUCCAGGCGCUGCCCGCCCGCCUGGAGCUGCCGCGGGGCCGCCAAGCUGCCGACGACGGCUCCGAGGGCAUCCCGGUGAUUUUCCGCAGCCGCAGCAGCCGCGGAGAUGGUGGAGGUGGAGGUGGUGGCAACGGAGGAGACUCGGCGGCGUCGCCGUCCAACGGCUGCCACGACUCCACGGACACCGAGAGCAUCCAGGAGGAGCGCGGAGGAGGAGGAGGAGGAGGAGGAGGAGGAGGCGGCCGGCACAGCCCGGGCUACGCCAAAGAGGAGCCCAAAGAGGCCGAGGGGGCGGCGCGGUGCUUCGGGAAGGAUUCGCUGCGGGUGCUCAACGAGGACGGCGAGGAGCUGCGGGCGUUCUCGUGCGAGCACUGCCGGGUGCUGUUCCUGGACCACGUCAUGUUCACCAUCCACAUGGGCUGCCACGGCUUCAGGGACCCUUUCGAGUGUAACAUCUGCGGCUACCGCAGCCAGGACCGGUACGAGUUCUCCUCCCACAUCGUGCGCGGCGAGCACAAAAUUUGAAAAUCCCCG